GCUGCUCCCCCCUCCGCCCGGUUGCUGUCUCCCCAGCGGGCUGGCGAGCCCGCCCGGCCGGAUUUCUUCCUUUGCCAUCAUGCCCCGCGCCAUCUAACAACCCAGAUCCCCGGGCAUCCAUCACGCUCCCGAUCCUGACAUGGCCGGGACCCCAUGUGCCGUCCCUCUGUGGCUGCUGCUGCUGCUCGGGCCGCCUCUGAAAGGACCAGCCCCCACCCUGGGGUACAACAUUGACACCGUCCACCCGGAGGUGCUAGCCUCCAAUGCGAGUAGGAAUUUUGGGUACCAGGUGCUGCAGUUCAAAGAUGCAAGUAUCAUCGUGGGAGCGCCAGGUGACCAGAACUCCACCGGGGAGCUGUACCAAUGUGCUGUGAAGAAAGGCUCCUGCCAGCCCAUCCCAUUGCCGGCGAGUGCUCAAACAGCGCAUCUCGGCAUGUCCCUGGCGAGCAGUGGCGCAGACGCCCAGAUGAUCGCCUGCGGCUCUGGGCUGAGCCGAACGUGUGAUGGGAACCAGUACCUGAGUGGGAUCUGCUACCUCUUCAAGGGACACCUGGAGCAGCCCAAGGAGAUGACACCAGGGUUUGAAAAAUGCCUAAAGGGGAAUGUGGAUCUGGUGUUCCUCUUCGAUGGAUCAGGCAGCAUGAACACUGCCCAGUUCAAAGCCAUCAAGGACUUCAUGAUCGAAGUGAUGGAGAAGCUGGGAAACUCCACAAUACGUUUUGCCGCAGUGCAGUUUUCCCAGGACGCGAAGACAGAAUUUGACUUUAACGAUUACGAACGAAACCGAAAUCCCCGGGAACUCCUGAAGGAAGUGAUACACAUGAACAAACUGACACACACCUUCCAAGCCAUCAACUAUGUUGCAAACCAGGUGUUCACCCCAGAGCGUGGCGCCCGGGAAGAUGUGACGCGAGUGAUGAUCAUUAUCACGGACGGAGACCCCACUGACUCUGGGAAUGUGAACGCUGCCAAAGAGAAGAACAUUGUUCGCUACAUCAUUGGGAUUGGCAAUAACUUUCACCGGAACGAGUCCCAGGCCUUCUUGACACUGUUCGCCUCAGAGCCCACAAGCCAGUUUGUCAAGGUGCUCGACAGCUUCGAAAAGCUCAAAGGCCUCUUCAGUGAGCUGCAGGCCAAGAUCUACGCCAUCGAAGGUACCAGCAGCCGCAGCUCCUUCCACCUGGAGCUCUCCUCCAGCGGAUUCAGUGCGGACCUGUCCAAAGAACGGGUGGUGCUGGGGGCCGUGGGGGCAGAUGAUUGGGCGGGGGGGCUGAUUGAGCUGCGGGGCAGCCAGGCGCCGGAGACCUUCAUUGGGAGCCCCUCAGCCAAUGAGCAGAUAAAGGACGCCUACCUGGGCUAUGCGGUGAAGUCCAUGCAGCACCAGAACAGAACGCUCUAUGCCGCGGGAGCCCCCCGCUAUCAGCACGUUGGGAUGGUCGUCGUGUUUGAAAUAGAUCCCGACAGCUCCAACUGGACAGAUACUCAGCACCUCAUGGGCGAGCAAAUUGGCUCCUAUUUCGGGUCAGUUCUGUGCUCAGUGGAUGUGGACGGGGAUGGGGACACGGACGUGCUCCUAGUGGGGGCCCCCCUGUACUAUGAGGAGAGGAGUGGGGGCAGGGUCCACAUCUAUCGCUGGGACCAGGCCAGGCUCACCAACACUGCGGUGCUCCAGGGAGCCCUGGGGAACCCGCUGGGCCGCUUCGGCUCAGCUAUCACUGCCCUGGCUGACCUGAACGGGGACGGCUGGGCUGAUGUCGCCGUGGGGGCACCGCUGGAGAGCGCGGAGCGCGGCGCUGUCUAUAUAUACAACGGCCACCAGAGGGAGCUCAACACACACUACAGCCAGAGAAUUGAGGGCGCAACAGUCUCUCGUGGUGUGAAAUACUUUGGCCAAUCCAUUCAUGGACAGAUGGACCUCAAUGGGGACGGGCUACCAGACCUCAGCGUUGGGGCUCUAGGAGAGGUGAUCAUGCUGAGCUCCCGGCCCAUCUUGACGGUGGUCCCCAGGAUGUCGUUCUCGCCAGAGGAAAUCCCGGUAAAGCAGGUGGAGUGUUCAGGGAGUGUUUCAUCCCGGCAGGGUGUUCAGAGUAAUCUCACCGUCUGCUUCAGUGCCAGCCGAGCCACCACGCGCUACCAAGAGCCUCUCUCUGCCAACCUCACCUACUGGCUGGAGAUUGACGCCAAUCGCAUGAGGAGCCGAGGAGUGUUCGGGAACGGGCAGAGGAACACGUCUGGGACCAUGGAGAUCUCGGAGCAGGAGCUCUGCACAGCAGAGAUGAUCCAGAUAUCAAACUGCCUCGAGGAUUACGUCACUGCAAUCAAGGUCUCACUGCGCUUUGCCCUCCAAGAGGACGAUGGCCCCAGCAGGACCCCGCGUCCGGUGCUGAACCCCUUGUACAAAUCGUCAGCGACAGAGAUCCCCUUUCAGAAGAACUGUGGGGAGGAUGGGGUGUGCAACGCCGACCUGCAAAUCCGCUUCCACCAGAAUACGUCGCAGCAGCUGUUGGUGUCGCCCUCCACCAGGCUGGCGGUGGUGCUGGAGCUCGCCAAUGGCGGGGAAGAUGCUUACCACACAGCUGUCCACCUGCCCCAACUGCCAGGACUGUCCUUCCGCAAGGCCUCAGUGCUGGAGUCCAGCGUCCAGGCCAGGGUGAGUUGCAAUGGCCUGGAGACUCCAGACACUAACUCCAGGAACCUCUCCUGUAACGUCAGCCACCCGAUCUACUGGGGGAACAGCCGGGUUCUGAUCCAGCUGCUGUUUGACAUUCUCACCAACAGUUCCUGGGGGGACUAUUUGGAGCUGGACGUCAUGGCCAGCAGUGACAAUGACAUGAACGGGACCCUUGCGGAUAACAGACACUCUCAUAGGAUCCCAGUCCUAUACCCCAUAAACAUCAUCACCAAGGGAGUGGAUGGGUCCACCCAGUACGUCAGUUUCAGCUCCAGCUCCCCGAACCCAGAGAUCAAGCCCGUGCAGCACGUGUACCAGGUGGAGAACCUGCUGCCCGGGAGUUUCCAACAGCCAGAGGUGACGGCAUUUGUGAUGGUGCCGCAGAAGUUCCUGGCCGGGCUAGCCUGGGAGCGGCAGGAAGUGAAGACGGACCCCAAGGUGACCUGCCGUCUUGUUGCCAUGGCCAGGAAAACAAACGAGGCAGAUGCCAUCGGCGUCCCCUCCCACACUCUCAAGCACUGCUCACCCGGAGACUGGCAAAUCUACGAGUGCAACCUGGGCUGGAUAGACGCCCCCUCCACCAUCACCGUCAUCGGGGAAUUGUCGGUUACCGGCAAAAUUGAGACCUCCUCCCGGUUCCGGUUCUGCACUGCCCUGUGGUUCACCUUCAACACCAGCAAAUAUGUCAGCCAGUACAGCGACGAAUUCACGCAAUCCCAGGUCACCACGGAGGUGGAGCUGGUGCACGUGAUGAAUUACCUCCCUGUAUACAUAGGCAGCGGGGUAGGGGGGCUGUUUCUACUGAUCCUGAUCAGUGUCGUCCUGUACAAGUGUGGUUUCUUCAAGCGUAAUUACAAGGACAUGAUGGACCAUGAGCCGGCGGCUGGGAACGGGGCGGCACCUGCAGAGGCCAGCAUGGAGGAAAAGGCAGAUGAAGACUGUAAGGAGGCACUCACCACAGAUGCUCCCAGUGAAUGACCAGACCCUCCCUCCCCCGGACCAUGGAUCCGAGACCUCCUUCUCUUCCCUCCAUCCCCACCUGCCCCUAGGACUGGCUCAUGCUCAGCCAGGGCCCUGCACUCGCCAGCGCCCCCCAGUGGCCCAAAGGAGCAUCGCAGCAGCUGUGCUUUUGCAGACUCAUGUCUAUCCCUGUCCUCGUGGUGGGGUGUGUGUGUGUGUGUGACUCCAUCCUCUCCUGGUGGAACGGGUGCCCCCAGGACCUGAGCCCACCUCGCCGGCAGCCACAGCACAAAGACUGUGGGCUGGGCGGGCCAUGGAUACCAAGCUCCACUCUCCCCCAGGCUAAGGCAAGGCACGGGGGCAGCGUGUGUUGGGGAGCUCCCCCUGCGCUCAGGGAAGGACGUCAUUUCUCCAGGCCUCCCGGCCAGCGCCUCUCCUCAGCAGCCACCCCAUCCACCUCAGCCACGAAGAGGGGACAAAAAUCCCAGUGAGAUGUGAACAGCAUUGCAGUCAGGUGACCAGCACGUCCUCGGAUUAGCGCCAUGCUCACCGAGGGCCUGGGACGGUGCUGCUGGGGAGCCAGACGGGGCAUGUAAUAAAGCAUUUGUGGAGCCAGAUCAAGUUAAAUAGGUGACUGGGGAAAUGGCUUGAAUAGUGACUGUUUACUAUGAAGCUGGGCCCAGCCCCUACACUGGUGAACUCUCCGUUCCUGGAGCGGACUAGAAUGCUCAUCUAUUUAUCUAUCGCAAUCCUACUCACGCCCUUACCGAUGUAUCUGUAUUCUGUGAGUGUGCUACACUGUAUGCUGAUGCUUCCAGCGCGCCGUGGAACUUCGCUUUCCCUGUUAUUUGCUUGAGGUGGCUCUUGCUCUCACAGACGCCGGGGCCUCUGAGUAGAGAGGUGAUUUUACCUCUGUAUUCGGCUCUGGAGCGACCACAGCUGGCAUCUGGUGCCCACAAUGCCAGAAGGAUGUUGAUAAAUUGCAGCGGGUUCAGGGAAGAGCCAUGAGAAUGAUUAAAGGAUUUGAAAACCUG